AUGAUUGCCACCACAACAGUUCAGCACCAGCAUUCUCGGGAACCUUCACAUUACCUCUCCAGUCGCUCCAGAGAAUCGAACCAGUCCAAGUUACCGAUCGAUCCCCAACGGUCCACCCCCGGCGGGGCGUCUCGCUUCCCCUCGCCGCCGGAUUCAUCCUCGCCGAGCACCGACUAUAUCCCGAGCCAAUCGUCGUCGCAGAAUGUGCGUCCCGAUCCCAACAUGGCGUCCCUAGUUCGCGAGGCCGCCCCUGUAGUCGGCCCUGCCACGGCAGUGAUACCUCCCGCCGGCCACCACUCUUCUUCCGCUUCCCACCGUCAGCAGCCGUCGCCGUCUUCGGACAGCGGAUUUGCCGUCAACGCGGCGUACAAGGAUGUUGGCAUGGAGGACUAUAUCCACCACGGCCAUGACUCGUUCAAGGAGUCCCCGCCAACCCAGACUGUACACGUCCGAGAUCUCAGCCACGUGCAGAGUCUCGCGCGCGCAGAGCUGUUACCCGGAGCUACUUCACCCAGUCUGGAGGAACCCGCAGCGCAGCAUGUAAAAUACGAUAUUAGCGGCAUGCCCAUCAGCGACAUUAUCGAGAUGGUCGCGGCCCUGUUAACGAAAAUUACGUCUACAAACGACCUGCAGCACGACGCCAUUCAGAGGAACAUGGCCCAUCAACAGCAGGCGAGCCAGAAUAACGAAUCGGGGAGCGGCUCCCAGAUGAGCCCGCUGAGCACAUCAGUGCUGGCGUUCCACGGAAAAAACGUUCCAGCCAUUACCAUAUUAAGUUAUCUCUCUAGGAUACAUCGCUACUGCCCAACGACGUACGACGUGUUUUUAAGUUUACUCGUUUACUUUGACCGGAUGACGGAACGCGUAAACGAGAUGGUGAUGAAAAAUGAGCAAGCUAAGAGACGCGCCGCGCUUCGCACAGCAAGCCUCUCGGGAUCCCGCAGCCACUCGGAAAGCCAUCACAGCGACACGGCCAUGAGAGACGACAGCAGUGAUAGCGUCGAAUCGGACUCUGACCUGGCGGAUGACGAUGAUGAUGAUGAUGACGACGACGAUGAUGAGAUGGAAGAUCGGGGCCACCACGGUUCUGCACCCAAGAUUAUUUCUAACCCCUCCACUACCGAGCUCACGUCUGGGCCAGCUACGUAUUUUGUAGUCGACAGCUUCAACAUCCACCGACUAAUUAUUGCCGGUGUGACAUGCGCGAGCAAAUUCUUCUCGGACGUAUUUUAUACGAACUCGAGAUACGCCAAGGUUGGUGGACUCCCUCUAGCUGAGCUAAACCAUCUCGAACUACAAUUCCUUCUCCUCAACGACUUUCGGCUCUUUGUUCCUGUAGAAGAUCUAGAAGCUUAUGCCACGAUGCUUGUCGAAUUUUAUGCCCGAGAAAUAGUGGCCCAGAGGCAAUCUGGGGACAAAGCAGAGUAG